ACCAUUUUUCUCUAAAAAUUUUAUAUCACCCCACCGGUCUCCAAAUACAUCAAAAAAUUCAUCAUUCUUCUUCUGCAGUAAAUCAUUAUUCAUCAAAAAAUUCAUCAAGAGAACAGUGAUGAUGUUGACAUUUUCUUCAUCAAUUUUACUUCAUAAAUUUUCUGGAUGAACUCAUUCUCUGCAACUUUAAUUCAUCAAUUUGUUUAAGCAUUUUCAGCUUCUGUUUCUCAACUUUACUUUGCCUCCAUUUUCUCAUCUUCUUCUUCGUCAAUUUUACUUCAUAAAGUCUACAUCAUCUCAAUUUUCAUCAAAGUCUUCAUAGAAUCCACUUCAGAAAAUGACGAGAAAGAAGAAAAUCUUAAAACAAGUUGAAAUUGAAGAAGAUUCAGAAAAAACUGAAUCAGAAGAAGAAACAACGAUUCCAGUUAAAAAAGCAAAGAAAGGAGCAUCGAAAAAGAAAAUCAAAUCUAAGAAACGUAGUACUAUAGAAAUAGAUCGUUAUGAAGAAAAAGGAGGAUCAACAUAGAAAAAGAAAACCAGAUCUAAACAUAGUACUGCAGAAAUGGAUUCUGAUGAAGAAGAAGGAGGAUCAAACCAUAAUAAUAAAUCUACAUUGGAGAUGGAUAGCGAUGAAGAAGAAGUUUCUAAGAAGAAGAAAUCUAAGAGAUGUACUGGAAAACAAGAUAAAGCUGUUGCUUUGAUUGCUGGACCAUCUAAGAAAGUUUAUUCUGGGGAUAGGCCAUACGGAGAUGGUUUGUCUGCUUUGAAUGCUCUAGUGAUUGAUAUGAAAAAGGAAAAUCUGAUUUUGAGUGCUCAAAAAAUAGAGGUACUUAAAGAGUCUCCCUUUGCUGAUUUGUUUAUGAUGAUAAUGGAGAAUGAGUACACUACAGCACGUUGGAACAAAGUUGAUGAAGCUUUCACAAAGUUAUUGACGUGCCUGAAAGAAGCAACAGGAAAAGAAAUUACGUUUGAAUUUGUUCGUGGAGGUAAGCAAUAUACAAUGACGUCCACCCCGGAAAAAUUAGCGGUCAUUCUUGGGGUGCCAUGCAUUAAAGGCAGAUGGAAAGAAACCAAAAAGGCGAUGUAUGGUGAUUCUUUUAGAGAAUCUUAGUUUUACCUUAGGUAUUUUGGUGAUCAAAAAUCUGCUUCAAAGACAAACAUACGAGAUGCAAUCUUUAAACUGUUAACGCAAACAGAACCACCUCUUACACGAAGGGACGAUGAAGACAUGGUGAUGUUGAUAGGUCUUUUCAUGUCCAAUACUGUUUCCUUUACCACUAAAGAUGCUGGCGCAAUAAAGGAGAAGUAUUUGGGUUUGGUCCAAGAUUUCAACAAAUAUAAAACUUUAUCAUGGGCCCACUUGAUUCAUUAUGAAUUAGCCAAACGCUUAAACAAAAGUUUCAACAACCCAAUAAAAAUUAGUGGGUGUGUUUUCUGUCUACCGAUUUGGUUCGCUGAGCAAACUAAGAUAGUGGAACCGAAUGAGUUGAGGAAAGACAAAUUUGUACAACGAGCAAGCAGGUGGAACCUGAAGCAAAUUUGCAAAGAGUUGCUCAAAGAUAUGGAUGCAUCAAACUAUUUGUUUCGAGAAACUUCUUUAAUGAAAUAACUCAAAAUGAAAGAGUGGCACUUGGUAUGAUUGAAGAAGGUCGAAGUAUAUCUUUGGUAGAAGACAGGGAAGAAAGAAAUCAGAACUUGAGCAUGGAAAUCAAAGCAAGUUGGCAAGUAAUGCAUAAUUUGAUUGCUAAUAAUGAAGAAGUACACCCUAAAAUGGAAGAAAUGUUGAAUAAAUUGUACUUCCAAGCCUGUUCAGAAGAAUUAGAGAGUCUACCCAAUUCCUUUGAAUUGAAUAAUGAUACAAAAGUUGAUUCUGAUUCUGCAAAAAAAAAGACAAGUCACAGCAGAUGUUUCUUCUUCCGUACAGUCGAAGAAUGACACAACACCAGCAGCAAUGAUGUGUACUACAUCUAAUGAUGGAUGUGUGACACCAGCAGAAGACUUGUGAGAUAAUUCAGUUAAUGUUCAGUCGAAUAAAGCUACAACAGAUUAUUCCUUUGAACGAGAUCCAAUCAUUGAUUUCGUUACAUGUUCAAUGAGUGAUAUAAGUCCUUUACCAUCUCAAGAAAAAAAGGUUGAACCAGUUUUUGAUGAAGGUGUAUUGGAGAAAAAAAGGUUGAACCAGUUUUUGAUGAAGGUGUAUUGGAGGAUAAUAUUGAACAUGAAAAACUACAAAACUUUACACAGUUGGAUGACAUUUAUGGGUUUGUUGAAAACAAGUCAUUAGCCAACAUUUUAAUGACGAUGAAGGAAAACAAUGAUGAUGCAAAUCUUACAGUUCUAGAACCAAAGAAUGCUGAUGCAGGAGCUAUUGAUCUAGAACAAAGCAGUGCUGACACAAAUCUUACUGUUCCACAACCAAAGCCAGCUGCUGAUGCAGAACCAAAAGAUGCAGAAAGUAAAAGGAAGAGGAAAAAAAUAGAGAUUACAAAAGGACAGGAUGCUGUUGUGAAAGAGAAUUCAGAAAAAGUUACCAAAAGGGUGGGGGGAAUUCUUCAACAAUUUGAAAAGGAAGGAUUGUUCGAUAACAUAAUUUUAGAAGCUGGAGAUAGUAAUACAUCUUUGACAGCCAAAAGGCUUACAAAGGAAGGAUUGUUCGAUGACAAAACUUCAAAAGAUGGAGAUAGUAAUACAAUUUUGAGAGCCGAAAAGCUUCCAAAGGAUAUUGAAGGAAACACUUCAAAAGAUGGGUUGCCACUCGAUACUACUAAUGUUAAUCUUGAACAAAAGAUCAAUAUAAAGAAGAGGAAGAAUAUUUUCGUAGAAGUGUCUUCAGUGGUGACUGAUGUAAUGACUCGUGAAGAUAGAAUGAAGAAACAUGAUCCAAUGUACACUGGUGGAACUGACUACUCAGAAAAAAAAAAUUAAAAAAGCAAAGAGAAAAUUCAACAUUGAUUCAAGAGAAGAAAGAGUGCAAAGAAGAAAUAAUAAGAAAGAACAGGCAGGAAGUGAACCUUUGCAGCAACCGAUUGUUCAAAAGAAAAAAAGGGACGAGAGAACUAAAUUGAAAAAACUUAGUAGAUCAACAAUUUUUCAGAAGUCGACCCUUGAUCAAACACCAGUUGUGUCACUAUUCUUUCUAAAAGCAACACUAAGGUCAGCUGCAUGGACAGUGUACGUAGGAGUGGAACCUAAUAUAUUCGUGUUGUCUAUAUAUGGCAAAACCAUUAAGGACCUAAUGUACAACCAAGCACUUGAUGCAGAAAUAUUUUCAUACACCACAUAUAAGCUGAAAAAAGCAUUCGACGAAGAUCAGGGUAAACUUGGUGACAAAAAAUACCUAAAAGUGUUGCACAUGGAUCCAUCCGCUUGGGUAAGUUAUAUAUGCUUAUAUACUUGAUUGAAAUUCUUUAAUCUUAUAAUAUGCUUGAGUCAACAAUUGUUUGUCAUGAUAUUUGCACAUUAGAUAAUUUGAAUUGUUAAAUAUACCAUAUUUAGGAUUGGGUACUCAUUCGAUUGACAUGUAUGCAACCAGAAGUGUAGUUCAAGAGUUAGAAAAUUGUAUUAGAAAUGAUAUAAUCAGACGAAUUUAGUUUGGCAGGAA